GAUCGCGCGUUUUUCGUUCACACAGGGCCGGGUCGUCACUUGGGCCGUAACGGCAGCCUAAGCCCAACUUCUAAGCCCGCUUGCCCGCCCGCCUCAACUGCACUCGUCUCCCUUUGCUCUCCGGACUCUCGAAGAGAAGCUCUGCAGUCUGCACCGCAUCGACCAUCGCCGGUAAGCAACAAGAGAGCCCCACCGAUGGCGGAGGAAGCUGCAUCCCUGGAGGCGCCGCCGCCGCUCCACAAUCCCUCACUGCGAAAAUCCUCCCUUGACGAUGAGACCCGCGCCCUCGUCGUCCCCGACGCCGCCGCCCUCCCGGCGUCUCCCCCCUCCGCCGUCGAGGCUAACUUCGCGCGCUACUUCGUCGCAGAUUUUCUGAAUCCAGGGUAUGAUCAGUAUGUGUAUCGCCAUCCUAACGGAUUGUGUGUGGUUGGUUUAGCUCCAGCCCAUGUUGUGUUUAAAGAGGAAGGAGUCAUAUCCACUGUUGACUUCAAUGUCGGCAAGUCAGAUCGCAGUGAGAUGAAAGUCACAGGAAAACGGAAAAGGAAUGCACAACACUUGCAAGAAAAUUCGGCAUUGUGCAAAGUUUGUGUAAAUGAUAAAUCUUUUAUUGUGAGAUGCUGUGUGAAAGGUUCCCUUUUGGAGAUCAAUGAAAGAUUGAUCAAACAACCAGAUCUUCUUAAUACCGCUGCUGACAGGGAAGGAUAUAUAGCAGUCUUCCAGCCGAAACCAGCUGACUGGCUCAAAAUUAAGGAUAAAUUCCUUAGUUAUGAGGACUACAAGAACUUGAGAGGAGUAUGCUGACACCCAAAAGAAGAUGUUUCGAACAUGAAGGCAGCGCUUAGGUUCGACUCAACCAUUCGUGUGAUGAAAUCUUUACUGCUCCAGAUAUUCGCAGUUCGAUAGAAGCUUCAUCACAUAGCUCCUGAGACGCAAACAUGUGCGCUGGACUCACUUGAACCUCGUGCACUGGGCUGGACUCAUUUUGCUUUAGUUAUGAGUGGAUGAAUGGAUGUCGGCCUAUACAAGAUGCUAAGGUCCUGAAGAUGUUGCUUUGUUUAUUCUGUCAGAAAUUUGAUGUAUAAGUACUGAUUCACACAUUACCUCCCAGUGUAAUAACUGAUGAACUGGAAUCUAAUUAUCAAAGAUUUUGUUGUCCUCCAAAUUAUCAAAGUAAAA